AUGAAAGGAAGUAGAUCAAAGACCGAAUCGAAAAAAGCUGAUAGCAAGCUCUCUGUGAAGAAGAGAGGCGCGCCGGCGGCAAGCAAGCCAUCGACUAAGAAGGCUAAGUCCGCUAAGGAUCCUAAUAUGCCAAAGAGGCCUGCUAGUGCCUUCUUCGUUUUCAUGGAGGAUUUCAGGAAGCAAUACAAAGAGAAGCAUCCGAACAACAAAUCCGUCUCCGUUGUCGGUAAAGCUGGUGGAGACAAGUGGAAAUCGCUCUCAGAAGCUGAGGAAACAACUUUGUUUAAGGAAUUGACUUGUCAAGAGUGA